AUUUACAAUCUCUAUAUUUUUUUUGAUAGUCACAAUCUCUAUAUUUACUUUUUUGUUAUACACCCCAUAUUUAUUUCCAAAAGUAACUUCAAGAUUAAAGAAAGCUCAUAAUAGAUAAUACCAUACCCCCUGCAUUAAAAAAUUGCGUUCACACAAUAUGGUAAAAGUUACAUUCACAUAAUAAAUACAACAUGGUAAAAUAAUAAUCAACCUGCCAAUUAAACCAUAAAGGAUAUCCAUCCCUUUUCCCCCCAAGUCCUUCCACUACAAAUAAAUCACCGUCUUUCACCCUUCACAUCCAAAACAACACAAAACAUUACUCCCAAAACACCAUUUUAAAAAAAUGAAAAACUCAACCUCCGUUUCCUCCUACAUUUGCGCUCUUCUCAUUUCCCUUCCCCUCCUCUUCAUUUCCGCCGCAACCGCGGUCCCAUCGACCUUGUUGGUUCAAACCUGCAACAAAACCGACGACGACGCUCUCUGCCUCUCGUCUCUCUCGUCCGACCCUCGGGCCGCCGCGGCCGGCGAUGUCAAGACACUGGCCCUGAUAGAGAUCGACGCCAUUACAGCCAAAACCAACGUCACCUUGGAAAUUGUUGGUAAACUGUUCGCAAAUGUCACGGACCCGUAUUUGUACCGGUGCUACGGUUUGUGCAUCGACACAUUCAAGGGGAUUCUGGAGAACAGGAUUCCACAGGGGAUUGCGGCUCUGAAUUCGAAGAAUUAUGCAGAGGCGAAGGAGCAGGUCGGAGAUGUUCAAUCCGACGUGGAGCUGUGCUUGGAACAGCUGGCCGACAAGGAACCGUUUACUGGUGGAGCUCAGCUGAUGAGUCGUUUGGCCGGUGUGGCCAUUGGAAUCAUUAAUUUGUUGCAUUGAUCAGUAAUAUGAUGUAAUAUUUUUGGAUUAAUAAUAAGGAAAAGAGAUUGUUGUUACAUGAUUUUGUAAUUUGCGACCCGCUAUGAGAAUUUGAGUGCAUGAAGCAGGAUAUAGAGGGAGCACUUAAAUAUGGAGCACUUUCAACAAAAAAAAAUUGGUUUCACUCAUUUAUUUAACCUUUUUCAGAGCGGGUAUAAGAGAGGUGGGGAGAAUAUGGAUAUUCUUCUCAACCCGUUUUUUUUUUUAAUUAUAUGUAAUAUAAUCAAAUCAUAGAGAAUCA